AUGGCCGUACGUUGGUCCUGCUUCUUUGGGCGCGUUCUUCUCUGUCUCUUCGCUUCCGUACGCUUCAAAACCUCGCCGCCUACCUCCAUUUGCCUUCCACGGCCGCCUCUCUCUCUCUCUCUCUCUCUCUCUUCCUUCGCCGUCGCCAUGGCUUCCGGUAGAUUGCCUAGCAGCGCGGAUUUCCGUUCGUACUUUUGCCACCGAUGCCGCCACAAUGUGCCUCUCUUCUCCUCUGUCGCCGGCGACCUCGCCUGCCCCUUCUGCCGUGGCGGAUUCCUCGAGGAGUCCCAUACCCCUCCGCUCGCCCCUCCUUUUAGCACUCUGGAUCCCUUCUUACCUCUCGCUUCCGGCGACAACCCCUUCCUUGGCCCCCCCUCUCCGCUCCCCUUCCUUGUGUCCUCUUCCGACAGCUUCGAGCUCCGCAGGCCGAUGGAGCCCGCCGACGCUCUCAGCCCGGUCUCUCCCGGUCAUUCUCCCUUCAGUCCCUUGCUCUUCCUCCAGGAUGCCGUCCUCGACGGCGGCGGCGGCAACGGAGGAAACACAACAGGGGACUACUUCAUGGACCUCGACCUCGAGACUCUGAUUCAGCAGCUCGCGCAGAACGAUCCCAAUCGCUACGGCUCGCCGCCCGCCGCUAAAUCCUCCAUUGAAGCCCUGCCGGACAUCAAGGUCUCGCCUGAACCGGCUGGCUCCGAGGGAUCCCAGUGCGCCGUGUGCUGGGACGCCUUCGAGGCCGGCGGUGUGGCAAAACAGAUGCCCUGCAAGCACAUCUACCACAAAGAUUGCAUCUUGCCGUGGCUUGCACUGCACAAUUCCUGCCCGGUGUGCCGGUUUCAGCUUCCGGCAAUGGAGGAAAAUUCUACUGCGUCUGCGACCGGCGAUUCUGUGGGAUCCAGGAGAUCACAAAGGAACUUUAGCAGCUCAAUUCCAUGGCGAUUUACGCCUCACGAGGUGCACAAUUCAAGUAGCAAUUCUGACAACAACAAUGAUGCAAAUUCUGGUCACUGA